UUUGUUUUUCUCCUCGCCGGGGGGACGAAGACAGCUCCAGAGGUCUCGUGUCCCUAGCCGGUUGGAAUUUGUGGUGGUCCUACCAUGGGGAACACCACCAGUGAGCGGAUGUCUGGAGAGCGCCACGGCUCCAAGUCUCACCGCUCCGAUGGCGCCAGCAGUGCCCAGCAUGCCAAGGACCAGCCACACAAAAUCAUGGUGGGCAGCACUGAUGAUCCAAAUGUCUUCAGUACCCAUGACUCCAAGCUUCCUUGUGAGAAAGAAUUUGUGUCAUGGCAGCCAGAUCUAGAUGACUCCACCAAGCCAUCCCAGCAGGCUCGGCCGACUGUCAUUCGCUGGACUGAAGGAGGCAAGGAGGUCUUCAUCUCAGGGUCCUUCAACAAUUGGAGCAGUAAGAUUCCUCUCAUUAAAAGCCACAAUGACUUUGUUGCCAUUCUGGACCUGCCAGAGGGAGAACACCAAUACAAGUUCUUUGUGGAUGGUCAGUGGGUUCAUGACCCCACUGAGCCGGUGAUCACCAGUCAGAUGGGAACCAUUAACAAUUUGAUUCAUGUCAAGAAGUCGGACUUUGAGGUGUUUGAUGCUUUAAAAGUGGAUUCUCAGGAAAGUUCCGAGUCUUCCUGUCGAGAUCUCUCUGGUUCCCCUCCUGGAGUUUAUAGUCAAGAAAUGUACGUCUAUCGGCCUGAAGAGCGCUUCAGAUCACCACCCAUUCUCCCUCCCCACCUCCUCCAAGUCAUCCUUAACAAGGAUACCAAUAUUUCGUGCGAUCCAGCCCUUUUGCCUGAGCCAAAUCAUGUCAUGCUGAACCAUCUCUAUGCGCUCUCCAUUAAGGAUGGCGUAAUGGUGCUCAGUGCCACCCAUCGCUACAAGAAGAAAUACGUCACCACCCUCCUCUACAAGCCCAUUUAAAAUUGCUGCUGAUUCCUGUUGUCUUUUGGACGGAGGAGGUGGAGGUAUUUGGAGACUGCUGUUUUGUGUGCCUGCACUGGAAUACACGCAAGCGUUAAGACUGGCGGUUGGAUUCCUGGUGGAGCUGCAAGCUCUGUGAAAUGCCAACCUUGUCUUGUUCGUGUGUGAUUUUUCCUCCCCCCGGUGACUCUGUCUGCCAUAUAACUUGUACCUCUUAAUUGCACAUAGUUGGUACCCUCAAGAUGUUGGGCACGUUAUCCGUUGGACCCUGAAAACGUGGCUUCCUUGCGAGGAACACAAAGGAGAAGGGAAAAACCCUGGAUCUCUCUUCCUCGGUGGUCUGUCUUGGAUGGCCUCUUGCAGUUCUUUCACCCUGGAGAUCUUUAUGGGAACAGCAAAGUCAAGGAAGAGAAGGGAAUUGUCUUUUCAUCUGACCUCGGGUAGAUGCCUGCUUCCUGUUCCUCACCAUCACAUGAUUGUUAAUUGUUAUUAGUUUUAAAAGUGUUGUCUUAGAGAUAAUGAUAUCUCUCUCCUC